AUGUGCGUGGACUUUACAGAUCUAAAUAAAGCCUGCCCGAAGGACUGCUUCCCCUUGCCGAGGAUUGACAGGUUAGUAGAUGCUACUGUUGGUUUUGACGUUUCGUGCUUCCUGGAUGCUUUCAAGGGAUACCACCAGAUAGAGAUGGCCGAGGAGGAUCGGGAAAAGACUUCCUUCAUCACCGAGGAAGGAACUUACUGCUACCGGACCAUGCCGUUCGGACUAAAGAACGCCGGAGCUACCUACCAACGUCUGGUCAACAAGCUGUUCCAGAAUCAGAUCGGCAGGAGUAUGGAGGUUUACGUUGACGAUAUGAUCGUCAAGAGCCGAACUGAUCAGCAGCUCGUUCCCGACCUGAGGGAAAUCUUGAACAUUCUGCGUGAAAGCCGGAUGCGGCUGAACCCAAAGAAGUGUACUUUCGGGGUUAGAUCGGGAAAGUUCCUGGGCUUCCUGGUCUCCCGGGAAGGGAUCCGGGCCAAUUCGGACAAGCUCCAGGCCAUCAUGGACAUGGCCCCCCCGAAGAGCGUCAAGGAGGGGGAGACCCUGUUCCUAUACCUGUCUGCUUGCAACGAGGCCGUUAGCGCGGUUUUGGUGCGAGAGGAUAAUGGGGCUCAAAGGCCGAUAUACUACGUUAGCCGAGCCUUACAAGGGCCGGAGACGCGGUACACGCCGGCGGAAAAGUUGGUCCUCGCUUUGGUGCACGCCGCCCGGAAGCUCCGACCUUUCUUCCAGGCCCACAGCAUCACUGUCCUGACGGACCAACCCUUGCGGCAGAUACUCACGAAACCUGAAGUCUCGGGCAGAAUGACUAAAUGGGCAGUCGAGCUGGCCGAGCACGACAUCGGCUACCAGCCUCGCACCUCUAUCAAAGCUCAGGCCCUGGCAGAUUUCCUCGCCGAGGGAACCAGUUUGCCCGUGUCUGAUCCGAGCUCUAUGCCCGAGGCGGCACGGCCGGAAGAGCCGUGGGUACUAUUUGUUGACGGGGCUUCAAGUAAGGAAGGAAGCGGAGCCGGCCUGCUACUCACCUCGCCCACCGGGGAGGAGCUGACCUACGCACUUAGGUUUGACUUCCCGGCAUCCAACAACGAGGCUGAGUACGAGGCCCUAUUGACGGGAUUGCGGAUAUCCCACCAGAUGGGAGUAACCGCGAUCAGGGUCUGGAGUGACUCUCAGCUUGUAGUUUACCAAGUCCGCGGGGAGUACGAGGCCAAGGAGGAUGUCAUAAAGAAGUUGUACUUCAAGCUUUUGUUUGCUUCACCCGCAACAUUUAGUUGUUACAAAAGGUCUCGGUCAAGAUACCACCUUGUGCCUGAAAAGGAGCUUGAAAUCAUUUCAGGGAUUUGA